AUGGCCGUUGUUGCCGCGCUAUCUGAGGCGCGCGAGCAGCUGGCAGACAUGCGCCAGAGCAAUCCAUACACAUCGUCCUACACUCCGUCCUACAACACCUACACCUAUGAGCCCCGCACUUCUCCACCCCUGCCACCUCGACGACCCGCGCCGCAUUCGUACAGGUCGCACAGGCAGGAGCAGACAUGGCCGCCGUCACCGAGCGUCGAGGACGAGAGGGAGGCGCUAGCAAAAGAGGCGCCGUCCUCCGUGGGGUCGUCAGGGCAGGCCGAGGGUGAGCCGCCGAGCAACACGCGGGGCACCGUCGACCAAGACUCCCUGCUCGACGAGAUUGAGCAGCCGAGCGUCGCACAACACGACCGCCGCUAUGUGCUUGUUUCCGAAUCGAGCACCGAUGACGAUGGCAGCACGCUUCGGGACCGGCGCCGGCGCAGCUUUGCUGACCGUGGGGGCAUGUCGCACAUCAACACCGACGUCCCAGACCCUCCCGUCUUUACUGAGCGCGUGAGGGCGCCCUAUGGCUACUCGAAGCCCCAGAAGGAGUCUACCGCGCCCUCGCCUGCAGACUACAUGCGCUCGCCAGAACCAAUCACGCCUUCGAACAGCAGCCAUCCCAGGCCAGAUGCGAGCAGACCGUCGAGACCGAUGCCAACUGAAAGCCGACACAAUUCCUACACGUCGCCGGCGUCAAAGAAAGAAUACGUGUUCGACUCUGACUCUGACUCCGAAGCGCACAGCACGACCCACCUGCGAACCGAACGAAAGCCCGCGCGGUACAGCUUCGUGAAGAGCGACCUGCAAAGGGAGGACCUGAGGACAAACCUGCGCGAUACACAGGAGAGGCCCGAGCCGCGUCGACACGACUCCGGGCAGCGUCCUCUGCCGACGAUACGUAAGGGUGAUUCGUCAGGCUCGUACAAGGAGUACCCCAAUGCUGAGUCGCCGCGGUCGUCUUCGUCUUCGAGCACUAUCAAUUCGAUCAUUCCACCGUCUGCUCACCGAGGCAAAGCUACGUUGACAUCCCGAGAGCGACGUCGCCGGCAAUUCCUAGCUCGCCGUACACGCGAGAUCUACCUUCCCGGGCUAGGAGGCAAGACACAGAGACAUUGGAGGAGCCUUCACGACCAAGGAGGUCCAGGUCGGGUAGUUUCCGCUCUCACGAUGGCCGCCGUGACAGGUCAUCUCGAAGGACUGCUUCAAUGGACAGAAAACUUCCAGACUGCCCAAGACCUUACAAAUCUGGGCCUUACGAUGAUUGACAACAAGAACUUCAACAUUUGCCCUAGUUGUUACGAGGGUGUCUUCGCCGGUACACCCUUCGACGUGGACUUCAAACAGGUAUGGCUGAACGACUAUUCGUUGGAGCGGAGCUGUGAUUUCAGCAGCCCAUGGGCACGUCUUGCGUGGCUGUUGACGCUUCAGCGAGGUCGCAAAUCGCUCGAUCUGAUCAACGCAAUUGCAGGUGUCAUGGACACAGUAGCCAAACCGUGUCCUGGAGAUCGUGAGGCUGGUGCAGAAGACCGCAUUAGCUGGUACGGCAUUACAAACCCACGCGACGGUACCCGUGUAGCCAACUUUGCUAUAUGCUCGAGCGAUAGGAGGAUGCUUGAGGCCUUGCUGCCUUCUCUUCGUGGUUGCUUCGCUAAGAUGCCGAAGGACGACAGGCACGUAUGCAGCUUGCGUACGAGCUCAACCCGCUUCCCGAAGUACCUAGAUUUGCUUGUCGAGCUAGACGCCGCGGCUGAGUUGUCCGGUCAACUCCCUGAUCUGAGCCGCUUCGUCCUAUUGCUCCGCGAGAAUUCCUACAAAGGCGAGUGCCAAAGGUACAAGAUCUUGUUCCGCAAACCAUGGCACUUCAUCCCUUCGCUACCAGAGUUCACAGUCUGUGAGCAAUGCUACGACGAGCUUAUCUGGCCCGCCACACAGUCCAGGUCCACGUCAUCGUCCAUACCGCACAUGUUCAACAAGUCGAUCCAGCUAGUCCCUGGUGAAGAACCUGAUGUCGGGUCCAGCUGCUGUCUGUGGAGUCCAAGGAUGCGCGACGUCUGGAAGGAAGCUGUCAGGUACGACGACUUUUCUUACCUGAAGGAGACAGCGAAAGAGAGGAAAAGGGCAGAGUCCAAGUAUAUGAGAAACAGAGCACGCAUUAUGACGUGGAUGGGCGACGCGGAAAAGGGGACUAGGAAGUGGAAGGAAGCAGAGGAUGCGAUGAGGGAGCUAAAAAAGACGCCCAAAAAAGAAGAGAUGCCAACACCCGGCGAACGUCAGACAACCGUCGCCCAACCCCUCCUUACGCGGGAUCAAUACCGCAUACGCAAGUUGACUAAGGAGAACGCGAGACUCAAACACGAAGUCGAGGAAAGGGAUAACAGGAUCUCUUCGCUGAUAGAACGUCAAGAUGCUUUGAAGGAAGACUUGGCUGCUGAAAAGAAGAAUGCGAAGGCCUACAAAGAGCGGUUGAUAUUCGAGAAGCGGGACGUGGAUGACUUGGAGGCGGAGUUGCGAGAUGCGAGGAGGAAACUGAACAGCCUGCGUGUGUCACUUCUUGAUACUGACGACGAGCGUAAUUGGUCCGACUGGGAGGUGGAUGAACAGAAUGAGGAGUAG